AUGUUUCCCCUUGUUGUUAUUUUGUUCGUUCUUUUCGAAGGGAUAAAUGGAGGUGGAAAAGCUCCAAUGCUCAUUAGUAUACCUAGAGAGUUUUUCCCAAAAGAAACUGUAACAGAGGUGGAACCAACUUGGGAAGAACCUACGACUGAAGAUAUUGAAGAAUCAUCGUCAAUAUAUCAAAUUCUACUAAAUUUACUUCACAAAUUAUGGGCAAUGUUGAAAUAUUUACUGAACUUUCUGUAAAGAAGAUGAAACCAUGGAAUUAUUUACUUCGAGACUCCUUAUUAUUAACGUAGUAUCUUUAUACUAAUGUAGAGAUUGUUAAACAAACACUACUUUAUUCUGAUUCAAAUUGAUUUUAACUUGAUAAACUUGUCUUCAUUGUAAUUAAUUGAAUAGAUUUCUCAAUACUUAUUAUCAUAUUUCAUUGUAAACAUGACAAUGUUUACUGAUUGGG